AUGGCCCCUCCCGUCCCCUCCACCGACCCCAAGCAACUCGCCCCCUGGGCCGAACCCGCCUGGGUCUCCACCCUCCACUCCCCCUAUUACAACGACUCCCACCGCCGCUUCCGCGACUACAUCCGCGCGUACCUCGACGAGCACAUCGUUCCUAACUGGUUCGAAUGGUCCGAAGCUGGUGUCGCCCCCCACUCCGCGCGCCUCGCCUGGGCGAAGACCGGCAUCCCCUUCGCCGACGUGCCGCCUCAAUACCGCCCGAAAGACAUCCCGGACCCAGCCGGCGUCAAGAUCUCGGACAUGGACGCGUUCCACGUGCUGGUGGCAACGGACGAGACGUCGCGGGUGAACGGCGGGGUGAUGACGUCGCUGACGGGCGGGUCGGUGAUCGGGGUGCCGCCGAUCGUGGCGCACGGCACGGAGGAGCAGAAGCGACGGUGGCUGCCUGGGUUGUUUUCGUGGGAGACGAGCUUCUGUCUAGGGAUCACGGAGCCGGGGGCGGGGAGUGACGUCGGGGCGAUCGAGACGGUGGCGGCGAAGUCGGCAGACGGGAAGACGUAUGUGGUCAACGGGUACAAGAAGUGGAUCACGGGGGCGCCGUGGGCGACGCAUAUGACCACUGCGGUGCGCACGGGAGGGCCGGGACCGCGGGGCUUGUCGGUGCUGGUGAUUCCGUUGAAGAGCAAGGGCGUGUCGAUGCGGAAGGUGCAUAAUAGCGGGCAGAACGCCGGUGGCGCCAGCUACAUCGAGCUGGAUGACGUGGUGGUCCCCGCGGAGAACCUGAUCGGCCAGGAGGGUCAGGGGUUCCGUAUCAUCAUGUUUAACUUCAACAAGGAGCGUUACGUGAUGGCGGUCGGGUGCAACCGCAUGGCGCGCACGUGUCUCAGCGAGGCGUUCGCGUAUGCGAACAAGCGACAUACGUUCGGGGAGCCCUUGAUCGCGCAUCAGGUCAUCAAGCACAAGUUCACGAACAUCGCGAGGUAUCUGGAGAGCCAUUGGGCGUGGCUGGAGCAGUUGGCCUACCACAUCAACUCCUCGCCGGAGGGAUGGCAGGCGGCAGAUGUCGCCAGUCAGAUUGCGCUGGCGAAGGUGCAUGGUGGAUAUCUGGUGGAGAUGGCCAAUCGAGAAGCGCAGCAUAUCUUUGGCGGAAAGGGAUAUGAACGGGGCAGCCCCGUUGAGGUGAUCUCUCGAGAUCUGAGGAUGAUGACCGUCGGUGGUGGAUCGACUGAGAUCAUGAACGAUCUGUCCUUCAAACAGGAAGUGAUGUGGGCGAAGAAAAGGGGAUGGAAAUUGUAG